GUUUGUUUUUUUGACAGCUCAGGUCGGGGGACGUGUCUGGACAAUGAACCUCUGAAACGAGACUUCCUGUACCCAACAGUGGCCCCGGGGCAGGUGUACGACGCAGAUGAGCAGUGUCGCUUCCAGUAUGGAGCCUCCUCACGACAGUGCAAAUAUGGGGUAAGAAACCUGCAUCUCUCCAGCUCUACAAUAUGCAUACACUCUCUCUCCUCUACAGUGGAGGACAAUGCUUUGUUAAUGGAAUCAUUUACAACUGUUGAUCCUGCAUCUAACAUUAGUGAUAAUGCUAGUGAAGCAGGGGCUCUGAUAGUGAUCAGGUAACAGGAGAAGAGAAAAUAUGUUGUGCCAAGCUGACAUUUCCUCCUGUAUAUCAAAGGGUGUUAAUCAGGGGUGUUAUCUUCUUAUCAUCCUAAGGAGACAUAAUUGUUUUCUUAGCACCUGGGAUGGGUGUGCCGCAUAUCUCACUAACCUAUCUCAAAGAGAGGGAAGAGGGAGGGAGGUUUACACACACACACACACACACACACACACACACACACACACACACACACACACACACACACACACACACACACACACAUCAUAGUUUCACGAAGUCAAAUGAUUACCCCCUACCACCACCAUGAAGAAUAAAAACCCAAGGUAAAUAAAGAGACACGAGCAGAGAGAGAACUAAACCAAGCCACAGAAACAGGAGAUGUUGAAUGAAAGCCACAAAGAAUUAAUGAACCAAUAUGGACAAAAAAAAGAGUCUGUCAUUAGCCGAGAUCAAGAGAGUUUAUUUUGUUUCAUUGAAAGAAAUAUCUGACAGCAGAUUACUACGGGCCCCAAAUCAAACCCUGUCGUUUUGGCUCUUAAGCUCAUAAUUGUGGUUUUAGAUCAGCAUGAAAGACAGCCAUUUAUGAAAGGAGAGCAUUCCUCCACAGCCUGCCUCAGCUGUGCUGCUCUGUGCUGGGCUGUGUUCUCAGAACUAGAAUGUAGUCUUUUAACUAGUAGGAUUAUGGAUUCUGACAGUCAGAUCUGUUUCCCUCAGCCAGCUGUCUGGUGAAGGUUUGUCUUUCGUUUAGAACUUGCUGAUCGGAUCCAUGUAACCAUAGAAACAAUUAAAGGAUCUAUGACUUGAUAGUGUUUGCUUUCAGAGUUGAUGUUAUGAAAGGUGACCUCUCUGGGAUACAGUUACCUUGUACAAAACACAGAGCAGUGCAGUGCCUGCUUUAGUGCCAUUAAAGAAUAAAGAGAGCAACUAAAAGAUAUGUGGAGAGGUGCAGUAACACUUUACAGUCACUGUUACACUUAACGGUUGUGGUGACAUGUUUGUGUCCUGGUACUCACCUGGUCUCUAUUUCCACCAGUCUCUUACCCUACAGCUGUAGUGGGUUCUAAUGGGAAUAAACAGCCCAGUGGAAAAGUUGGACUGUUGCUCGCACUGAAAGGACAGGACAGAAUAGCAGCGGUUUGGUGACAUGUUUGCUCCUGUGGAAUAAUAUAAAAAUACUUUUGGACUCACAGAACUUACGUAUUUGAGCGGUCAUUUCUGGAGUCACCAGGAAGGGUAGGAAAUACCUUCGGUUCUGAAAGGGCGAUGACAGAUCUCAGCGUGAAACAGGGAAGUGUGAAGACAUUAGUUUCACAGUUACACAGGGGGUGACACAAAGUGUCAAGAUAAGUGAUACUAGUAAUAACUACGAGAACAUCACUUACAACAUAGAGUUACAACACCAACUAAACUGCCACUAACCCCACAGCAACCCCCUGCAAAGACCGGAACACUCCUUCAUAAUAUUACUCGUCCUGAACCCCAGUGCCAUCGCAAGGUGAGGAGGGGAUGAAAAACAAAGUGUUUGACGGCUAGGUGACGUCUAAGUGACUGGCGGGUCUCCCUGCACCCCUGCUCUCUUCACCCCCUUGCCAACCCUCCCGCUUCCUCUCUGUUAGCUAGCUAGCGUAAAUCUGCCAGACCAGGUCAGGGCCACAUGUCCAUCCAUACCUGGUUCUCCUUCUGACCUUUCAGCCGGCUCUGAACGGGCCGGGGGGAAACCAGAGAGGAGGGAGGGUGAGGUUUUAUGGGACGGGGUGGGGGGGGAGGGGCAGUGAGGGUUUAGCGGGGGGCAGAGGGGAGGCUUAUUGAAAGCAGCUGGGAGUGGUGCAGCGAGACAGGGCAGACUCAGAGUGACUGUUUGCUGCUUUAUUUAAUCUAUAGCGUCUAGCAGCAGUAGAGACCAGUAGAGACCAGUGGGGCCUGGACUUUAUUUACUGACCCGUGGGGUCAGAACCUGGGCUCAGGGCCGUAACUCUUCUUCAUGAUGUUGCUCCUCUUCUCCUCUGCCGUACGCAGUUGUCCAGUAAAGCCUUUGAAGAGGAGAGGCAGAGGGGAAACCAUAGAGGUUUAAUGGGAAAUCUAAUGCAGGGUUGUGCAGAGCUGUCCUUGUUACACGCAUUCACUUUUACAAUUGUAUUUACUUCAGAUAGAGACUCUGACUCGGAUUCUCUCUCUCUCUCUCUCUCUCUCUCUUUCUCUCUCUCUCUCGCUCCCCCCUCUCUCUAAUAAAGAGUUCUCCCUCUGUUAUAAGAGCAAGGAGAUAAGAUGGGUAAAUUGUAGAAACAGAAGAAGUUGUUUGUUUUAAAACUUCCUGUAAGACAAAGCAUUUUUGUUAUGUCUACAAUCCCUGUUCCCUGAGACGCUCUCCUCUCUGAGGGGCAGUUUGAGUUGCUCUUUGUUUUGAGUGCCAGAGUAAUUUCCUAUAACUGGUUAACAGUGGUUACUGUGAACUGACGUCAGCCGCUCUCUGUUGAGGUCUGGAAGGUAAACGUGACCAGGCGUUAGUCAUUCUGUUAUUGCUCCAGAUGACUCUGUAUCCUUCAACACAGAGGGACAUUAGUAGCAUGGGUUGACCUUAUUGGCUCUUAAUAUGAACUGAAUCCAAAGCACAGGGCUCAAUCUGUCAGACCUGGGUCAAAUACAUAUGUCUAAUACUUCCAAAUAUUUCAGCUGAGCUUGAGUUAGUUUGCCUGGUGAAAUGGAACCUAUGAAACAGUCCAAAGUGACCCCAAACCGUGCAAACUCUAUUUGACCCAGGUCUGCUAUCCUUGUAAGGGAAAGCAAUAUGGCUGAGCCGACAGCCAGGUAUUUGUCUAGCGCUUUCACCUUAGUGCAGAUGAAGGACAGGAGAUGAGGAGGGGAAGUCACAUAAUGUGUUUAUUUUGAUCUCUAAGGCACUUCCACAGCCCUGUCUAUGUCAAUUUCUCUACUUGUAAUACACUCUCUGCAGUGAAUUGCUUUAUUCUGACCAACUUGCUUUCGCCUUCUUUCCUAGGAAGUGUGUAGAGAGCUCUGGUGCCUUAGCAAAAGCAACCGCUGUGUCACCAACAGUAUACCUGCUGCUGAGGGGACCCUGUGUCAGACUGGCAGCAUUGAGAAAGGGGUAAGUCUAUACUAGCAGUCUCAUUGUCUACACACACUAGUUGUCUCCUAUAGUCUACACACACUGGCUCUCUCCUGUAGUCAACUCAGCUUUCUCCUUCACCUCUAUACCAACAGCCCUAUCUCAGUCUCUCUCUCUCUCUGAUGUGAUGGCAGGUAAGCCUCCGUAGUGGGAACUAGUGAGUGAGCCUCAGUGUCAGAGCCAAGACUAGUUACUGUGAGGUGUGUGGUAACCAGCUCAUUCUCUCCUCUCCUCUCCCAUUGUAUCCCAAUGUAUUACCCCCUCCCCCUUUCCCGCCACACACACACACACACCAUGCUUUGAGGUCAUCACUUCAGAGUCUAUUCCCAGUGUGGCUGGCCACGCCACGGCCAGGUUAGACGGCUGACAGUGAGACAGCUUUAACAUGGAUUACGGCGGCCAUUGUCACCGGAUGGUCCGAGGUCUCAAAGGGAAGAAUGGGAGGGUGUCAGGGGCUGUCGUGUGACAUUACCGUCCGCUGACUGGAGCCUUUCAGGCCCGGGGGCCUCUGACGGGGUCCUGGGCUACACAGGGGGCACAGGUUGAGAUCAGCUCAGAGGGCUUUGGGACAGAGGGCUUUGGGGGGGGUGGAGGGGUGGCUGGUAGUGCGCUCCUGUCUGGGGUGAGGGUGGGUGGUGAGGGGGAUGGGGGUGGGGAGGGGGCUUCAAAGGAAUACGACUGUCAGCCAUUUCUCACCAGGCCUGUAAUGGAGAGGCCCUGCCAACUAGGGGGAAGUGAGGGAGGAGGGAGGGAGAGAUGGUAGGGCAGGGAGGAGAAGGAGGGGUGAGGUGGAUUUGGAGAAAGGUAGAGAGGGAUAGAGAGAAGGAUGGGGUAGAGAAAGAGAAAGGGAGAGAGAUAAGUAGAAGGAAGGUACAGUAGUUAUGUCCCCCAAAGGUCACAUAGAUUUCUGUGUCAAACACACACACACUUGCAGGUGGUGAAAGGCUGAUAGGUGUGUGGUGUAGUAGACAGGUAGUGUAGAGUCUGUGUGUGUCAGCUCGUCUCUGAUAAGACAUUCUCUCCCAGGCUAUUUUAGACUUGCUGGGAACACAGACAAGUUCUUAAGGAGGACUCUCUCUCUCUCUCUCUCUCUCUCUCUCUCUCUCUCUCUCUCUCUCUCUCUCUCUCUCUCUCUUCUCUCUCUCUCUAUUACCUUCUCUGACCUAUCUAUCUACCAUCUUUCUUAUUCUAUGCCGAAGCUCUCUUAGCUCUCUCCUUAGCUCUUCCGUUUAUUCUUCUAUCUGCGUUCUUUGUUGAUCUUAUCUUGUUGACCACAGUGACUAGUGCAUGUUCUCUUCUCUCUCUGCUCUCUCUCUAUUAUCUGGAGAAGAGAGGGUGCGGCGAAGCGAGGAUAGAGAGUAGAUCGAGAGAGAGAGUCGAGAGGUCGUGCGUUUGGGAGGAGGGCGGGAGGGAGGGAGGGAGGGAGGGGGGAGGGAGGCGGGAGGGAGGGAGGGCGGAGGGCGGGUGGAGGGAGGAGGUGGCGGAGGAGGGGAGGAGAGAGAGAGAGGGGGAGGCGAGAGCGAGAGAGCGGAGAGCGAGCGAGAGCUGAUCGGAGCGGAGUGGCGGCGAGCGUGCGGCGCGAGCGGGAGGGACGAGGGGGGGGAGGGGCGAAGAGAGGGAGCGAGGGGAGAGGAGAGAGAGACGAGCGAGUGGCGAGAGGGGCGUGAGGGAGUAGAUGCGGGAGGAACGGGGAGGGAGGGCUGCGAGAGAGAGAGGAGCGAGCGGAGGGCGCAGAGUUAGGGCUGGGAGUGAGUGAGGGUGGGGGAGGGCGGAGGGCGGUGAGGAGGGAGGAGUCUGAGUUCUUCUCUCUCUCAUAUCUCCUCUCUCUCUCUCUCUCGCUUCUAUCUCUCUACUCUCUCUUCUCUCCUUUUUUUAUCCCCCUCUCCUCUAUGCGUUGUUAAUCUCUUGUGUGGGGAUUGAGGGAAAAGGAGGACAGUGCCCUGGUGUUGCCAGACCCUUGCCUUGGCCCAGCAUCUUAACCUUCUGACACAGUUACAGACCUAUAACCCUCUACAACCUGUACUGUCUCUAAGCCCUGAGCACCACUGACACAGUUACAGAUAACCUCUGUCUUUAAACCCCAGGUGCUAUCCAGGCUCCAACUCAGGCACAGGGGUAAUGAUUAAUCCUCUCUCUUCCCCUCUCUCUAAACCCUCUCUCCCCCCCUCUCAGUGGUGCUACCAGGGGGAGUGUGUGAUAUUUGGGACGUGGCCCCAGAGUAUGGACGGAGGCUGGGGUCCCUGGUCGUCAUGGGGGGAGUGCAGCAGGACCUGCGGAGGGGGAGUCUCUUCCUCCGUGAGACAUUGUGACAGCCCAGCGUAAGUAGGCAAAGUAAGCCACAGCAAGAUGAACACACACAUCCAGGUCUCCACCUACAGGUGUGUGUGUGUGUGUGUGUGUGUGUGUGUGUGUGUGUGUGUGUUUGUGUGUGUGUGUGUGUGGUGUGUGUGUUUGUGUGUGUGUGUGUGUGUGUGUGUGUGUGUGUGUGUGUGUGUGUGUGUGUGUGUUUGUGUGUGUGUGUGUGUGUGUGUGUGUGUGUGUGUGUGUGUGUGUGUGUGUGUGUGUGUGUGUGUGUGUGUGUAGGUGCGUGCGUGCGUGCGUGAUCAUCACUAAUCUCUGACAGAUAGACACACUGUUUCCAUCCAAACUGUACGGAGCUCCCACUGUUAGGCUCCCCCCACCCCUCCCCUGUCCUCACACUCUCUUUUCAGACAGUGGAGAGAGGGAGGAAGGGAGAGAGAGAGGGAAAGAAGGAGAGAAGGAAGGAGGGAGGCAGGGUAAUGCAGAACACCUGUGUAAGGUGAUCGGAGCCCCACAGUCCCUGGGUACUGUAACACACACACGGUACUGUAGCAAGGAGGUUCAACACAGAAACCAGACAGUGUAGCCAACAUUCGGCUGGAAAACAUUAAUUACACUGGCUGGCUGCUCUCGUAGGUAGGUAGAGUCAGAUGGAGAGAGCAAGACUACCCAACUGUGAUGAUGAUAGCAGGCCAACUCGUGUACUGUAACAAAUCAGUGAGGAGCCGUGCUGGUGCUAGUCAUUUAGCUCUAAUAGACUGCAGUCUGUUGUGACUCCAAAUGUCAAGCUGCUCUCUACAGCUGUAAGAACAGACUGGAUAGAGUGACCUAAGGACAACAAUCACACUCAUACACAUGCAUGGAGAUUCCUAGCUCAGGGGAAGGUAACUGUAAGACUGAGCACCCUGUUGCUAUGUUACCUACAAAGGACCUACAUUGUGGUCCUUUGUAGAUCAGUUGGUAGAGCAGGGUAGUGGGCUCGAUUCCCGGGACUACCCAUAUGUAUAAUGUGUGCACGCAUGACUGUAAGUUGCUUUAGAUAAAAGUGUCUGAUAAAUGGCAUAUGUAUAUAUAUUAUCUCACACCCUAUACACUACCUGGGGAAGACAGUGUGUGUGUGUAUUCUGACUGUGAUUCGCCCCUCUACUGUACUGCAGCACAGGGUGGAGGGCUGCACUGACUGACAGAGUGUAAACUGCCUCAUCAAUCUCUUUUAUUCCUCUUCUCUCUUUCAGGCCUUCUGGAGGAGGGAAGUACUGUCUCGGAGAGAGGAAGCGUUACAGAUCGUGUAA